AUGGACCCCACAGGCGUGUAUGAUCAGUCUUCUUUCUUCUGCCCAACUGGAUUCCUAGUCUUCCUCUCCUUUUAUGACCUUCACCACAACCCAAAGAUAUGGCCAAACGCAGAGGUGUUUGACCCUUCCCGGUUUGCACCGGGUUCCUCUCAACACAGCCAUGCUUUCCUGCCCUUCUCAGGAGGAUCAAGGAACUGCAUCGGGAAGCAGUUUGCCAUGAACGAGAUGAAGGUGGCGGUGGCCUUGACACUGCUCCGUUUUGAGCUGGCACCAGAUCCUUUCAGGGUCCCUGUUCCCACUCCAAGAAUUGUGUUAAUGUCCAAGAAUGGGAUCCACCUGCAUCUCAGGAAGCUCCUCUAACCCUUGUGGGGACAAGGAUGAGCCCCGACGGCCUCCUGCCUACCAUCAUGUUUUCCUGUCAGUCUCUCUUGUCUACUGUCUUCUGCCCACUUCCCACUUUCACUCUGCCCACAGCCAGUCUCCUGCUCUCCUCCCCUUGUGCAUCUGAUGUCUGUCCUUCUCCAUCUCACCCUUUCCCAAGAUUCCUACCUGUUUGCCUGUUACCUUUUUCCUACCCAGCUGUAGCUCUGACUAUCCAUGUAAGUCAUGAACAGUGGCCUGUCCCCCAGGCUGUCUGCCCUCUCCGCUUUGCUGUUCCUUUCUGUCUGCUUUGUGUUCCUUGCUGCUUAACCACAUUACACAGACUUGGUUCCUUAAAAGAGCACAAGUUGAUGAUCCUGUAGCUUAGCUGAUCAGAAAUAUGAAAUGGGUCUCCCUGGCACAACAAAGGUGUUACAGAACCUCUAAGGGAGCAUCUCUUUUCUUGCAUUUUCUGCCUUCUAAACGUCUGCUCUUAAGGCUAUUCAGUGAGGGGAUUAGACCUCCCCGUUUAUCAAGGAAAUAUCCUGUUCUUAAAUGCAAUUGAUUACAGGUGUUAACAGUACCCAUGAAAUUUUUAGUGCAACAUCUAGACUUCUUUUUAAUUGAAUAACGGGGACUCCAGCCAAUCCAAGCUGACAUAUAAAGCUAGUCAUCACAGUCUACCAUUUGUCCUCUUAUCAUUCACACAUUCCAUUAAACCAUACUUCAUCUGCAAUUUAAGUAUAAUAAAGUCACACUUCCACCAACUAACC